AUGCAAGCGUAUCUAGAGAGCCUUCGAAACGUUUCGAUGUUGGGUGAACAUGAAUCCGUUGUUAACCAACAGAAGUUGAUUGAAUUAAUUGAGCAUUUGAGUUCGACUCAGAAUUGGGAGUUGUGCAGCUCAUUCUUGGUCGAAAACAUGGAAAGUUGUGAUUCCUUAGCAGCGCUGAACAGCUUCCAAAACUCCGCAGCUUUCUUUGUCUGCUGCCGGUCGGUGGAAUUAUUUAUUAAGGCUCCCAAGUCACAUCCAGACCUUGCCUCACUCUUUGGCGUUUUCCUCGAAAUUCUGAAAGAACUAGAUUCGUUUGUCCUAAACCGUGACGUCCAACUGACAUCUGACGAAGUGUCCCGAGCUAAUUCUAUCAAAGAUUCGAUGAGAGUUUCAUGUCUACCAGCAAUUAUCCACACAAUUACACAGUUUAUGCAAAACCUCGGUGCUAAUGAGCACGCCGACAGCGAACUAAUUUCAAGUUCUCUGAAGAUCCUUGGAUUAUACGCCUCGUGGAUCGAUGUUAGCCUAAUUGUGAAUAUCGAAUGCUUUUCAAUCCUGAGGACGCUUGUUUGCUGCCCUACACCGAGCCUACUGACCAGCGUUUGUCAACUCCUCAAAGGCCUCGUGUGUAAGGGAAUGGCCCCAUUUCCCGACAAACUUUCCCUAAUCAUUGGAAUUUGGUCGGAAUCUUUAGAACCUAUGAUGUCUGUUCCAGUUAUUGCAAGAGCCAUUGCCAAUGCACCUCGUCCUCAUCCAUCAGAUCCUCGCUUGGCAGGUCUCGAAGACGAAUGUUCUGAAGUCACUGAACUUCUCGAAGAUUUUUCCACCCUCAUCGGGAGCAUAGGGUAUAACUUGGUGGAGGCUUACAGGUUUGUUCUGCCUAUAUGUUGA